GGCUUACUCGAAGACACACGGUGUUUUGGUAAGAAUCCCCAGUCCAGUGACUUGUCUCUCUUCUUCACUUGUGGAUGCCCGCAUGUUUUGCCCGCUUCUUCCAAUCCCAGCCCAGAAUCCUGUUUGAACCUUCUCAACCCUUGCCCCAUCAACCUGUUCCUGUGCACAAGAAACCUUCCGGCUGACCUGUCUCUUCUUGUUCCGUUACAGUUCGACCCAGAUUUUCAAACGCCUCUCAUACUCGGCGAGUCGUUGGAUCUGUCGGACUCAGAAGAGUCGCAAUUUGUCGGUGCAUUUUCGGACGGCCUGUGGGCCAAGUCUGAACCCAUAUUGUCCAUGUCUGCUUUCCAGAAGCCCGCAGCUGGCGCCAUUAUAGAUUACGGUUCCACACGAUCUCUGCAGGAUGCUGCUUCUUACUCGAACUACGGUCAAUCGCCUUAUGUGACGACCCCGAUGGUUCCCUCGCCCAUGGCCGACCAGGCAAGUCAGAUCUCGGACUGUGUGCCGUAUCUGCCCAAUGAGUAUGCAAGCUCCUACGAAGAGUCUCAGUCACCCAUGCUGGGUGCACGCAACCGCCAGCUGCCCGAGAUUGUGACGUACAGCCCCCAACGGGGAAGUGAAGGAACCCGGGUGAUGGUCCAGAUCCAGUGCCCCUAUGACCUCCACACUUCCACAUACGCCGCCUUGUACGUGGUUUUCGGCACCAAAAAGUGUGAAUCGCUUCCGCACUUCCUCGGUUUCCAGGGCUCUGCGUUCCAGUACGGUCUCUCCGCUGAUGUACCUGCAUUUCUCUCUACUGGAUCCCCAUCUUUCGCUGUUCCCCUCUCCGUCUCAAUGGAGAGCCAGGACGACUGCCCUCCUACUUCCCUGCAGGUCGGUGUAUACACCUAUGAGCAGGCUUCCCAGCCUUCGCCGCCGAUGGAUUCCCGCAAGAGAAAAUUCUCCUCCUACUCCGAUGUCACUGUGGCACCCUCCGCCAAGCGCCACAACGGAUCUGUGAUUCCCAAAGUUGAGCACCACGAGGGCUAUCACAGUCGCUCCGUAUCCGCAUCUUACUCCCCCUACCUGCAGCCUCUCCCCGCCAUGGCCGGAUUUGUCGCACCAUACCACGCCGCAUCCUCGCCUCAACCUGGCCCUGGCCAAUACACUACUGUGUCUGCCACUCCUCAACCCGCCCUCCGUGUCCCCUCUCCGAUCACCCCAGCCUGGAGUCCUUCCUACGUCUCUGUGAACGGUGAUGGUCGUAACGCAGGCCUCGCGCUGUCACACGGUGUAGCUCAACACAAGGGCCCUUCCCAACGUGGAUCUUCAAACCCCACUCUCAUCCGUACUUCCACCAUUCAAACCAGCACCAUCUCCCACAACGCAACCUUCAACCCUUACGCGAUGUACCCCACCAAGGCUAUUCUCAAGCUUAAUGGUGACCUGGAUACCAUGACACAAGGCUGGUCGAAGGAAGAGCGUAUCUGUCAGCGCCGCCUGGUUCAAUUCACCCGCUCUCAAAGUGGCAGCACCAUCCAGGGUGAAUUCAAGGCCGUUACUCCAGAGGAUCGCGCGCCGAGCAGCAUCUGCAUCAGCUGCAUUUCCUGGGACGAUAAGGAUGAGUGCUAUGUCACCAGUGUGGAUACCAUCUACCUGCUUGAGUCUCUUGUUGCUGUGCGCUUCACUGUUGAAGAGAAGAACCGUAUCCGUCGCAACCUCGAGGGCUUCCGUCCCCUGACCGUCUCCAAGGCGAAGGCUGACAGCGAAGAGUUCUUCAAGCUCAUCAUGGGCUUCCCUGCUCCCAAGCCCCGCAACAUCGAGAAAGAUGUCAAGGUCUUCCCCUGGAAGGUCUUGAGCCAUGCACUCAAGAAGAUCAUCGGGAAAUACUCUGCCAGCUACUCCUCUACCGCUGGUGCCCUCCCCACUCCCAUUACCUCGAACUACGCCAGCCAUGGUACUGGUUCUGAUUCCGGUACCGAGCCUCAUGCCAAUUCCCCACAGUCCAUCUCCGACACUGGUGCCGGGAACACAUACACUGCCAUGUCUGUUCAGGCAUACUCCCAGGCAGAUCACUCCUCCUCUCACUUGUCUUCGGCCCCUGAUCUCCGGUCCAUGGCUGCAGUGACUCAACCCUAUACAUCUGUGGGUGCAUACUCGUACCCAGCCAAUUGCCACCCCCACAAUGGCCACGGCCUGGUAGCCUCAGCUCCCCGUCCAUCUUGGGAUAUGCACACUCUCGGCCCCAAUACCCCUCACACUGGCGCCCCAGGCAACGGUGCAUGCUACACCUACCUGGACCCUGGGUACUCCAUGCAUGAUGCGGCUCACGGCCAUUGA